GAGACUCUCAGCUCGCGCUCAUCUUCAGUCAGUACAUCGCGCGCUUGUUCACUGUCCGCAAGAGCACCGCUACAGUCACUGCUGGUAGACUAGAAUCUUAUUCUAACAGUAGUCUUAUUAAAAGGAGGAAAACGCCAAGACUUCUGACAUCUCUUUUGUAUUUUUGGAGUCACAUAAAACUAUCCAAAUCGACAUGUGGAUUUACAAAAUUUUGCUCUGUGUGGCUGUUUUGGUUUACUCAGAAACUAAGAGGCAUGCCCUGCAAGACUACCAGAAGACUGAUGCCGUGCGCUUGGUCACGCCACCUGAUGUGUCCUAUAUGUCCAAAGGCCGCAAUAUGAGUGUGGGAAAGUGUGCACGUCGCUGUAGCCGCAACAGGAAACUUCAGUUCACCUGCAGAGCAUUCAGCUUUGAUCAGAAAAGUGCAAAGUGUAAUUUACUCUCAUACGACAGCCUCACCAUUGGUGUCCGCAUGGAGACUGACUUCAGCUGCGACCUAUAUGAAAAGAAAGAUUUUAUGAGAGAAUGCAUCAUCGGCAAUGGACUCAACUACAAAGGAAAGAGAUCGGUGACCAAGAGUGGAGUCCAGUGCCAACUCUGGAAUUCCAAAACUCCACAUGAACACAAUUUCUUACCCCAGAGGCAUAAGCACCGAGAUCUACGAGAUAAUUUAUGUCGUAACCCAGACAACACCACAACAGGUCCUUGGUGCUUUACCAUGGACCCCAGAAUACGGCACCAGGACUGCAGUAUCCCACAAUGCUCGGAAGUGGAAUGUAUGACGUGUAAUGGGGAAAGCUACCGCGGACCCAUGGACCACACGAAGAGUGGCCGGGAAUGCCAACGCUGGGACCUUGAGGAACCACAUAGACACCUUUUCCACCCUAAAAGGUACCCCGAUAAAGGUCUAAAGGACAACUACUGCAGGAACCCAGACGGGCGCCAGAGACCCUGGUGUUUCACCACCGAUCCAAACACUCCAUGGGAGUACUGUAACAUCAAACAGUGCGAUUCAGACAACGGCGGUGACGUUGACAACACAACAAGUUGUUUCCGUGGACGUGGAGAGGGUUAUCGCGGAACGGUUGGCAUCACCCCCGAGGGAGUGACCUGUCAGAGAUGGGAUGCCCAGUUUCCCCAUCGACACUCUUAUACACCACAGAAUUAUCAUUGCAAGGAUCUCCGGGAGAACUACUGUAGGAAUCCUGAUGGUCGUCAUCUCCCAUGGUGCUUCACGACUGACCCCAAUGUACCUGUGGCGUUCUGCACGAACAUUCCUCGCUGUGGAGUCCAUACCCCUGAACCUGAAGAGUGCUAUACGGGCAUUGGUAACAUGUACAAUGGAAAACGGGCAAAAACUCGCUCAGGCAUCCCCUGUGCUCCAUGGAAAGACCACAGAGAAAGUAACGAAAGAGAAGUGGACUUGCUGACGGCUGAACAGGCAGGGAACUUCUGCAGAAACCCGGACAAGGACAAACACGGCCCGUGGUGUUAUACCAACAGCUCAUCCAUCCCGUGGGACUACUGCUCUCUCAAACCCUGUGAGCCCUCACAUAACAAUCUACCACAAAAAGAUGAGGUUACAAAGACAUCAUGUUUUUUUCACAAGCAGGUGAGAAUCGUCGGUGGCGGGCCUGUCCCGAUUAAAGAAGGCAGUUGGAUGGUCAGCAUACAGAGAGGGAGCACUCACUGGUGCGGAGGUUCUCUGGUCAGGGAGGAGUGGGUGCUGACAGACAGACAGUGCUUCUCGUCAUGCGUGCCUGACCUAUCAGAGUACAGAGUUUGGCUUGGUAUAUCUCAUUUGAACGAAUCGGGUGGGAAUGACUUCCACAGACAGGAGAGGAGAAUCUCGCACGUCAUCUGUGGUCCGGAAGGCUCUAGUCUCGCCCUUCUCCGACUGACUCAACCAGCACUUAUAAGAGAGCGUGUCAGAAUUAUUCAGCUGCCUGUGGCUGACUGCAGCAUUCAGGAGGACACCAUAUGCUCUGUGUACGGCUGGGGUGAAACCAAAGGCACUGGACAUGAGGGAACAUUGAAAAGGGUUCAUCUGCCCAUAGUGGGCAACGAACGAUGCCAGCAGCUUCACAAAGGAACUCUUCCAAUAAAUAGUUCUAAACUGUGUGCUGGUGGCAGAAGGGAUGAAGGAGUGUGUGAGAAAGACUAUGGUGGCCCUCUAAUAUGCCAAGAGAGUAACAGUAAAGUCAUUGUUGGCGUGAGCAUAAACGGCAGAGGAUGUGCCCGACACAACCGACCAGCCAUUUUCGUGAAUGUGGCCUUCUAUGCUGGAUGGAUUCAUAAGUUGUGUCAGAACAAUACGAAACCUGUGUUUAAGGAAACCUAGAAGCUGCUGGAUGAUGAAGCGGCUUGUUCUGAAUGGGGGCGAAUUCAAUUGCAGUAUUUGCGUCGCAUUCCCCAAGCGCCUGCAAUCCAGUUUAACCAGGUGAUAAAAUCAUUGUCAUUAUUUUCAGUGCAAACAUGCCUCCUUUACAUAUAUGCAAAUUAGGAUCAUUUUGGAGUGUGCAUUAUUCACGAAUCCCACCAAUAUUUGUCUAUCGCAAUUAACGUCCCUGUAUUACAGCAAACUGAAUUUACUUUUCAUUUCAAGAUGUUUGUGUACAUUCUCUAUUGAGCAUGGCAUGGCAGUACAGAUUUUGUUUGCACUGUUACUUCAUUUACAUAAUUCUUUUAGUGAAUCGGGAGCUAAAACAUGGAAAUCUGCCACAUAAAAAAAAAAAAAAGUCAUGCUUUUGGUCAAUUCUUUAGAUGAUGAGAUGAGUCAAAACUAUCACAAAAAGUCAUAAUUAUGAGAUCAAAAGUCAUAAUUAUGACAUAGAAAGUCAUUUAUGAGAUGAAAAGUCCAAAUUGAGAUAAAAAGUCAAAAUUAUGAGUUAGCCUACAUUUGAGAUGAAGUCGAAACUGACAUAAAAAGACGUAAUUAUGACAUUCAGUAAUGGCAAAGUCAAAAUUAUCACAAGAAAUCAUUUUCCCUAGUUUGCGUCAUAAUUAUGACUUAUGUCCAUUUAAAUUUUUAUGACCUUUUAUUUCAUAAUAUUGACUUUGCCAUAAUUUUGACUUUUCAUAUAUAUCAUAAUUUUGACUUUUUAUCCCAUAGUUUCAACAUUUAUCACAUAAUUGUGACUUUUUAUCACAUACUUUUGACUUUUUAAGACACAAAUAUGACUUAGUAUCUAUGUCAUAAUUAUGGGGCCUCAUUUAUAAAAUGUUGCGUAGAAACGGUCCUACAUUUGAUCUUACGAUCAUUUCUCAAAUGUGCGUACGUGUGAUUCAGAACGAACAUACGCACAAAAAACAUGCGUACGCGUCUCUUCCAGAUGUGAAAUCUAUAAAUCGUAAAUGAUCUUGAAAUUGUGCGCAGCUGUAUGGUUUCAGAUUUCAGCCUUGUAAACGCCGCCUAAUUAAGGUCAUUAACAUAUAAAAUAGCACCAGUCAACAUCCAAAUCCUUUACUUAAGAAUUGCGAGCGGCAAGAAUUGCUUAGAUUUCCAAAUGCCUGCAGUUCUCCGAUUCUCUGCCACGAGGAAAUGUGCGUACAUCUGCUUAGACCCUUUUCCACGUAAAAGAUCGUUUUUUAUAAAUAUGAACGUUGGUGUGGAUUUUAGCGUACACACACUCUAAGUUCAACUGAGGCCCAUAAUUUACCAAAGCAUGAUUUUUUCCCAUUAUGUGUCAAAAAUGGGCUUCCAAAAAAAAAAAGAAAAAGAGAGAGGGGCACAGGCAGUGUGUGCAAAUAAAAAGCUGCUAUCAGCAGGUGCACUUAAACUCUGAAUUCCUCCCUUUGUGUCUGAAAGGCCUGUGGUCCAUCAGAGUUAAUGUGUAUUCGAUCAGUUGCUCCUCUCUCUGAUGUUUGUAUGUGAGAAAGACGGCAAGUGUCUCAUUUUUGAAUGUAUAGUAAGCUGCUACGGAUAAUGUAAAGUUGUAAAAUGUUGUCUUUGUACAGUGUGUUUAAUGUCUCACAUAUUCAUGUACAGUAAUAUUCAUACUCAAUGUAUUAUUCACAUCUUACUCCGACAAUAGUAUUUAUCAACUUUGCGUGUGUUUGUGUUUAUUAAAAUAUAUAUGUGCCUUUA